AUGUCCCGGAACAAAGCCCUUAAAAAACUCUCUGAACCCUGGAACCUCCACCAAACGCCCCCUCCGCCCCUCCGACUCCCGGGCGCCUCGCCCUCUCUUUCCGCCGUAGAUCCCUCCACCACCGCCGCCGCCGCCCGAGCACAACUAACCCGUCUCAGCGCGACUUUCGAUUCGUACCUCAAACAGAGAACAUCCGCCGUCACGCCGAGGGACCUCCUUCACUUCCUCAGAUCCCGCCUCGGCCACAACCCCGCCCUCGGCUAUCUGGACUACCACCUUUCCGCUACGCCGCGACGCUCGACUCGUUCCGCCACGACCACCACACGUUCGAGUACAUGCUCCGAUCCCUCGCCUCCACCGACCGCCUCGAUUCCCUCCGAUCUCUCCUCGACUCGUUCUGUAGAUCCGGACGACUCUGACACUCUCUAUUCCUUCAAUAUCAUGAGAAGGUUAAUCGACGGUAAGCCAGAUGUUGCUCUGUACAAUAUUGCGAUCCAAGUCACUUUUAACACACUGAUUAGUGGGUACUGUAGGAGUAACAAAUUCGAUCAGGCAUUACAGGUGUUUGGUGAGAUGAAAGAGAAAGGGUGCCUUCCAAAUGUGACGGGCUUAGUAGAAGGGGGGAAAAUAAUGGAGGUGGCUGACUUGAUGAUCGAGUUCUUGAGGAAAGGGGUUUUACCGAAAGAGUUCGAUUCUUUUGUGCUAGUUGAGAUUCUUUGUAUAGAGGGGAAGGCGAAAAGGGCUUUAGAGUUGAUGGAUAAGUUGUGGGACAAGGGCUAUAAGCCAAGUUCGAUUGUGUGCAGGACUCUAGUUGAGGGUUUGCGUGGGGUGGGAUUGAUUGAGAAUUCGGUUGGUUUAGUGAGAAGGAUGCUCGAAGAUGGAAUUAUUCCGGAUAUUGUGACGUUUAGUUGUGUGCUUCGUGAUAUGUGUGGGGCGGGAAGUGCGCGGGAAGCAAAUGAGUUGCGGUUGUUGGCUUGUAAAAAUGGUUUGGUUCCCGAUUCUAUGGUGUGUAGAAUUUUGGUCUUAGGUUGUGUUGAAGAAGGUCGAAAGAAGGAGGGUGAGGUUUUGGUGAAUGAGAUGUUGGAUAGAGGGUUUUUGCCUGAUAUUGCUAGUUACAACAUGUUGAUGGAUAGGCUUGCCAAAUCCAAAGCUUCUUACAAUGAUUCCAAACAUGCUCUUUCGUAA